GUCAUCAUCGACAGUUUCUUCCAGGAGAAGGGACUGGUGUUCCAGCAGUUGGGGUCAUUCGACCAGUUCAUCGUCUAUGAGAUGCAGCGGGUUGUUGAUGCUCAGACGCCAAUCGAGUGCACCCCACAGGACCAGUAUCAUCCAGAGGAGAAAGUUGACAGCAAGAAAACGUAUGUGUGGAAGUUCGGGCAACUGCACUUCAACAAGCCCACCGUGGACGAGGUGGAUGGCACAGCACUGCAGCUCACACCACGAGAGGCGCGCUUGCGAAACCUCUCCUAUGCUGCACCGGUCUUCGUGGACAUUGAGCGAAAGGUCUACCAAGUCAACGAUGACGGCGAGAGGACAUUGACUCAAGAGGACAACUACUCCAAGGUCUUCCUCAUGAGGAUGCCCAUCAUGGUGAGGACCGAGUAUUGUUGGCUUAAAGAUGCCAAUGACCGUCAACUUACCGAGUUUGGCGAGUGCCCGCUUGACCAGGGCGGUUACUUCGUCAUAAAUGGCUCCGAGAAGGUGUUGAUCGCAUUGGAGCGAAUGGCAAACAAUUUUGUCUAUGCCUUCGCCAAGAAGCAACCUUCAAAGUACGCCUGGGUCUGCGAAAUCCGCUCUGCCCUUUUUGAAGGCUCCGCCGGCAACUCGGGCUUUGCUGUGAAGCUCUGCACCAACAUGGGUUCCAAAUCCAUGUGCCGGGGCCAAUUAGUUUGCACCUGCCCUUACAUCCGAACAGAGAUCCCACUGGUGAUCAUGUUCCGUGCCUUGGGCAUUGUAGCUGACAGAGACAUUCUAGAGCGCAUCGUGUUCGACAUGAGCGACUUUGCAAUGCUGAAUGCUUGCAGGCUCUCCAUCGAGGACGCGGCUCCCAUAUCUACGCAGGAAAUGGCGCUGGACUACAUCGCAAAGCGUGGACCCACAAUGGGCGCUACGCGCGAUGUGCGCAUCCAGUAUGCCCGCGAGCUGCUCCAAAAGGAGCUGCUACCGCAUAUUGGCAGGACGCGCAACAUUGAAGGUCGAAAAGCUUAUUUUAUUGGGUACAUGACCAACCGGCUUUUGCUGGGUUUCUUAGGGCGCAACCCAGAGGAUGAUCGAGAUCACUUUGGGAAGAAGCGGAUUGACCUGGCCGGUGCGCUCGUGUCUGCUUCCUUCACCGGUCUGUGGCGAAAGAGUGUCAAGGACCUGAGGAAGCUGCUGCGAAGACAACUGGACAAGGGCAAGAUCCCGGACAUAGUGGAGUGUGUGAAGCAGGCCUCCUGCCUCAGCCAGGGAAUGAAAUACCAGUUCGCGACUGGCAAUUGGGGCCAGGACAAGCAGGGGAAGCCCGUUCGAACUGGCAUUUCUCAGGGAUUGAAUCGUCUGACCUUCAUGGCAACUCUCUCCCAUCUUAGGCGGAUGAUCACGCCAUUGGCGCGAUCAGGAAAGCUUGUGAAGCCCAGGCAGCUUCACAACACCCACUGGGGUCUCGUGUGCCCUGCAGAGACGCCGGAGGGACAGGCAGUAGGCUUGGUGAAGAACAUCUCGCUGAUGUGCUGGAUUACGCUCGGGUCGGCGCAGACCAUUAUCGAGGAUUUUCUGGACGAGUGGGGGGUCCUCGACUUGAUGGAAUGCACACCUGACCACAUCAAGACCUAUUCCAAGGGCAGCAACUGCAUGGUGCUUGUGGAAGUGUUUCCAUUGUGCUUCGCUGCAGCGCUGAUUGUCGCAGUAUGGUUGAUUGCAUGCUGGAUGUUCUGGCACGAGCGCUGCCUCUUUCGCUUGCCUGGGCCGUCAAAGGCAUUGCAAAAACAUCGUAAAAAAGAUCUUGGAAGUCUCUUCCUGGCGAAGCAGCUGGAGGUGGAUGACCCGGCCCCAUGUUGCGUCUGCCUCAUGGAAUUUGAGUCAAGUGAUGUUGUGUUCCUGAAUGGGAUAUGGGUGGGCAUGCACAAGAACCCCGCGGAGUUGAGGAACACACUUCAGAGCUUGCGACGCAGAAAAGAUGUGGACUCGGAGGUGUCCAUCCAGCAGGACUUGAAGAACAACGAGAUCCGCAUCUCCUCGGAUUGUGGAAGGUGUUCACGCCCGCUGUACAUCGUGGAUUACGAGCAACAAAAAGUCUUGAUCAACAGAACUCAUGUCGACAAGGUCAAAAGCGGGGAGUGGGAGUGGGGUACUCUCAUGCGUGAGGGGCUCAUCGAGUACCUAGAUGCCGAAGAGGAGGAGUGCUCAAUGAUCGCGAUGUUCAUACACGAUCUCGUCAAGACCAGGGCCUACUGUAAGACGUACACCCACGCAGAGAUUCAUCCGGCCAUGAUCUUCGGGAUCUGU